AUGGGUCUAAAGCCCCUUCCAUCCCUAUUUGUAGUCUUCAGUAUGGUUAAGUUAGAAGAAAGUCGGAGACACCUCACCCAGGGUAACCAAACUCCAGUUGAUGGCUUAGCUUUAGUCAUAAGAGGUCCCCAGACAUCAGAGAGCUCUGAAAGAAAAGGGAACAAGUGGUGCAAUCACUGUAACAAGAAAGGCCACACCAGAGAUGAAUGCUGGAAACUACAUGGAAAGCCAACCCAUGGGAAACAGCAACAACGUCGAGAUGGAAAAAGCCACCACGCCUCCUCUGAGGAAAGAGGCGAUGAUGGAGACUGCUUAACCAGAGAAGAACUUCAAAUGCUCCGUAAGAUGCUUGAAAGGCAAAACUCAUCAAAAAAGGUUCCCAACGUGAACUUGAUUCAGUCAAGAAAUUCUGUUAUUGCUCUUAAUGCAAUGGUCACUAGUGAUGAGACAUGGAUUGUUGACUCCGGUGCUACAGACCACAUGACUGGUACUAAAUCCCUCUUCAAAACUCUCAAUUCUUGCCAUGAGAACCUCAGAGUAAAAGUGGCAACUGGACUAUAUACUAAAGUUGAGGGUGUUGGCACUGUGGCCCUCUCUGAUGAUCUGGAAAUUCAUAACGUUUUGUUUGUUCCUGCUCUCACUUACAAUCUUAUAUCUGAUUCGAUCUUGGGGAGGAAGAUUUUGACUACUAAGGAAUGGGAUAGACUCUACUACUUUGAAGGAAAGGAUAUGAAGAAAAAAGGAGCAAGGAAGGCUAUGCAUAUUUACAAACCCACUAACCCUUUUACAAUGAUCCACACCGACAUUUGGGGACCCGCCAGAACCAAAACCCGAACGGGCACAAGGUGGUUUAUCACAUUCAUCGAUGAUCAUACACGGGUUACAUGGGUUUAUCUGAUGAAAGAGAAAUCUGAAACCUUACAAAUUUUCAAAAACUUUCACUCUUUUGUGAAAACCCAAUUCCAAACUCCCAUCAAAGUACUGAGGAGUGACAAUGCCAAAGAGUAUGUGAGUGGAGCCUUUAGGGAAUUUCUUGAGGAACAGGGAAUCCAUCACCAAACCUUGUGUGUCUAUACCCCACAACAAAAUGGAGUUGCCGAGUGGAAAAAUAGGCACCUUUUGGAAGUAACCCGAGCCAUUAUGAUGGAAAGAAAUGUUCCAAGCAUGUUUUGGGGAGAUGCGGUGCUAACUGUAGCCUAUCUUAUUAACCGAAUGGCCUCCAAAAUUGAGUAA